CCAAGAUGGCGGCGGUUGGCGAGGUGUUUACCGGCGGGUAUGGCCUAUCACGACACGACCCUGGAGAGCGAGCUUCUGGAGCAUUUCUCUUGUUUAUCUGUUAGCAGGGAUGAAAGUAUAAUUAAAAACGAGCUCCAAGACUCGGAUACAACCCCGGGUUUGUUACAUUUAAGUGACGAGGUGCUUAUUGUGAUUUUAAAUCGCCUGGAGCCGGUGUGUUUGCUGAGGCUCGGCAGCACCUGCUCCAGGUUGUUCCGGGUUUCUUCCUGUGACUCGCUGUGGACUCGCCACUUCCGGGUCUCGUUUGGGGUAGGCCUGCCGAACAUCACCACAGCCGGUUACGCCGCCAAAACCGCCUUUCGUUUAGUGUUCAUGUGGAGAUCCCUUUUCCGAAACAUCCACUGUAACCGAUCCCUUCAGGAGAAGCUGUUUGCUGAAGUGCCGUUCCCUCCGCAUGCGUACUGGACACAGUGGCUUGUAAUGGAGGAGCGAGUGCCUUUACCUGCCGCACAGCUGACGUGUGCUGACGUGGAGAGGCUGUGGGGGAUGCCAAGAGAGCUGUUCACCGAGAAACUUCACGAGAAACCAGAAGGUGAUGAGACGCUCAGGAUGGAAUGGAGGGAGUUGUAUAACCUCGCUGUCACUCAUCAUGGAAGUACAACGAUGCUCUUUCACUACGUUCUUAAGCAGCACCAAAGCAGUGACCAUUCUGAACUGGAGUCAAUGUACCGUCAGUACACCCAGUGCAGGUUCCAGUGGCUCUUCACUUACUGGCUCUUUCGCCAGCCGGCUCCACUAAACCGCCAACUCAGAGCCAUAUACCUGCAGUGGAGGAAACACAGUAAGAAGAAAGUUUCCACAUGGGGAGAAACAGUGUGUGAUGUGAGAUACCUGGCCUCCCUCCAUCCCAUCACCAGCGACUACUGGAGGGGCAAAUUGGCUCGGGGAGACGAGAACGUCGGGAUUCAUACAGUGGGAAACUACUUCUCCAUGUGCAAGUCACUAGUGGCCUGGAUCCUCGGCCGUGACUGGGGCAGACUGAAACGCAGAAAGGUUUAUGAGGACACUCUGGAUGGCGUGUACCUGCUGCUGAAGAGAGAGAUGCAGGAGAGGCUGGUGGAACACGAGAGGUUCUGGCAGGUGGCCAAAGUGCAGAUGAGCCGAGUAUGCACUCUGGAGGAGACGGCUGUGAACUACGUCAACUGGAAGAUGAUAGAGACGCUUCCCUAUUACAAGCUGUAUUUGGUGUCGGGUAACAGCGUGUACCUGCAGCACGUGCAGGGUUUCCUGCGCAGGAAGAGGAUGCUUCAUGACUGGAUCUACCUGGAGGACAACACCUGGCUCAGAGAGCUGCUCCCUGAGGAGCUCUUCACACUGCUGGAGUUCGACACCAAGAUCUCUCAAGGCAAUUUACACGGUGCCUCUGCGAGCGCUCAGCUCAGUCGGCUCAUCUGGCUGUACCUGCACUCAGGUGAGCAGCUCUACAUGGAGGGAGUGAAACAGACGGUGCUGCAGUACGUUCACGCACGACUGGCCAUCAGCACCAACGCCCUCUCAGCAGACCUCUGGCAGCCCGUCCUCAGGCCUGUGUCUCCAUGAACUGGCCCAGACAUCAGGUGGAUUUUCAUCUGAAAUGUUUUUAGGGGACCACAUGUCCAUUUUAUACAUUUUAUAUUUUUUAUUCAUUUUUAUAAUUACUUUUUUUAAAAAAAGACAUUUUAUGGCUCCUGCAUAUUGCAGUGUGUUUUUUGGGACUGUAGCUGAAUUUUAAUUUAUGAUGGAUCUGGCUGGUGUGUGGAGCCACAGACACUGAAAUUGAUGCUUUGUGUAAAUUGUGUAAAUAUUUUUAGUAUUAUGAGUUUCACAGGUCAUGAUCUCUGUGAGCUAUGAUGUGCUAAAGUUUGGGUGUGCUCCUGGAAUGUAUUUAAAUGAUGUGCACAGUCACGUCACACAUGAUGAAUUUUUGCUUUUUAAUUUUUUUCUUGACAACCAAAAUGCUCUUUUUUUUAUUAUCUGAUUUGGUAUUUUUGCAUUUCCCCCUUAUUUGAGAUUUUUUUUUUUUUUUUUUUUUUUU